GCGGCAAUCGAAGCGACAGAUCCGGUGAUCGUCCUUUUUCGAAAGAUUUGGCGUUGACACACGGCAAUGCGAAAUGUGCCGGCAAUGGUGAUGGGUUGGUUGUGUGAGUGUUGGAACCCAGAAAACAAAAUACCAACUUGAUGUAUGCUUUUGAGGGUUUGGUUUGACCCGUUCUGUUUCUUUUUUCUUUUUCUUUCCUUGCGUCUGAUCCCUUUUGGCCCGUUGAGACUGCCCCAAGGGAGGAACGACAGGCGGGCACUGGGCCUCGAGGCGUCUGAAACGGCUGAUCCUCUUCUUUUCAACAAUCGACAGCUCGGUUCUGUGGAGCCCGCGUGGUAUCUCCUUCUCUUUCAAUCAACGAGGUGGGGGAAUAUGUUAAAAUCAAAUCGACGUCAAAAUUUCCCGUGGUAGUACAACAAGGGGCGCCCGAAGAAAGCACCGAUGGAAAUGAUGAAA